UGUUGCUCUUCAAAACACUCAAGUGAAGAAUUUUUGUGACAGCAGGAGAACUUGCAAGUGUUUCUUUCGAUUAUAUGAAAAAUAAAAAAAGAGCUAAAACGUGAUUAAGAAAAUUCCUAAACAAAAUGUUAUGCAUUAACGUUAAAGCGACAUAGAAAAAAAACCUUAAGGAAUGACGUGUUUUUUCAAAAGUUAAAAGCCCUGUGCUGGUCAUUUGGUCAUUAUUAUUCCACUUGGUGUUAUUAGUGUCUUGGCAUACAAACUCAAUGUGCCGCAUGCAUGUCUGUCGUCUAUACUACGCCAAUUAAGUAAUCAAGUAUAUUUCAUGGUUGCCACCUAGUGUUUCUUUGCCGCUCAAAUACUAACAUUUGUUACUGUACAAAAAUGUGGGGGAAUGUUUUUUGUUGUGUACCGCGACACAACCAAGCAGGCAGUGGUGGCAAAUGACCCUUUACCACCACCGGCUUCAUCUUAUGGUCUCAGAUGAUAUCAUCUUUAUAUGAGUGUUCAGCUAUCUCGUGUUGCCAAAAACGUUAAAAACAAAAAUCAAAGUUUUGUGUGUCUUUCGUUUUAUUUUCAUAUUCAUUGUGCUGCCGUUGGUUUCGUCGUUUUUUGCAUUUCAAAUUCCAUUACGUUGUGUGUUUGAUUUUUAUUUCUUUAGAAAUACUGGGAUAGAAAUAACAACAAACAGCCAAAACACGUUUGCUGAGAAAGAAACAGAGUUCGCAUUGCUGGAUUUUAAGAUUAUCUUAAGAAUUCCUAACAUAUUCAAUAUCAAUAGCACUCAAAACAACUGGGUUUGUGUUAAUGGUCAUUGGCGGAAGAUAAGUGAGAGAGAGAGAGGGAGAGAGGUUGUGAAAACAUACCUUUUUUCACAAAAGAGAAGAGCAACCUCCAAAAAAAGGCGUGAGAAUGUUAUAUUCAAACUAACUAAUUAAACUCAAACCAGAAAUAGUAUAAAAUAAACCCAAGACAACUAAAAAUGUUCGUUGGAGUUCUGUACUUCAAUGCAAACAUAACAACACCAAAUUUGAUAUUAAAAAAGCAGGACGCUAACCAAAGCAGUCAAGUUAAAAAAACUGGCAUGGCUAUCAAUGCAUUAGUGUUACAGUUGUCACACGCACACGUAAAAUGUAGGUUAACAGGGGGUUUAGGAAAGGGUAAUGAAAGUGUUUGGUAAUGAUGACCUAAAACCAACCCAACUUCACCGUUGCAAUAUUGAGAAAAUAUAAAAGUGACUUGAAGAAAUGAAUUGUGGAAAAAAUUUAUAUUUCAAGGGUAACGAUAACUUUCCUGAUAAAACCACUUUAGUAUUGCUUUGUGGUAAUUAUUUAGAUAUAAUUAAGCAUGGGUGAUAUCACUCCUUAUUGGCGGUUAGCAAAUAAUCUGUUAAAACCUCAGAAUAUUUUACUGAUUAUAUUUGAGGAAAUUUUUAUUUGAUUUAUUUUUAGAAACGAAAUUAUUGAUAAUACAAUUGGAUAAGAAUUCCCCCCUCCAGGGCUCAAGGAAUUAAAUUGAAAAAAAUCCAUUAUUAUGGAAGUUAGCUGACAUAGAGUCAACAAUUCAAACGACCACAAUUUUUUGUGUGAAAAUAUUUUGUUUAUUGAUUCAUAUGAAAGGAAUGCCAAAGAGGUUUGAAAUAACAGAGAAAUGUUUGUGCUCUCAAAAUUUGACAGCAAAUGUCAAAUUUGACAGCAGCUCUGCCGAAAAAAUUUCAAAAAAUCGAAUUUGCAGCAAAAAGAAAGUUACACAUAUUGGAAUCUAAGACUGCCUAAAUGUGCAUUACCCCACAGUUUUCUUCACGGGAAAGGAAAUAAUGCAAACGACUCAAACCAGGGAUGAUAAGAGAGGUUGGCAAAAUGGUAUUAAAAACAAGUUAAAAAGCAUUGAUGGUAUUAAAAAAAACAACUUUUUAAACAAACAAAAAAACUCGUACAAUGGACUUAAAAACGAGAAUAAACACCCUUUUAAAGGAUUCUUCUACCUAUAUAAGUCUUAAGAGAGAUCCCACAGCCAGUCUACAAGAAAAGAACAAUUUGCUGGUGGAAAAACUAUUCAAAAUCAAAGCCAUAGACAUUGAGGAAAAGAAAAGAUUGUUCAACAAAAACACAUUGCCACCAAAAAUAACAGGACUUCACAAAUCCCAAGAAGAAACGACUUCGGCUAGACCUAUUUGUACUUUAAAAAAUUCUCCAGGAUAUGCUCUCACACGCUAUAUAGCAGAGAUUUUAAAGCAAAUGACCAAAAACUCAAAAUACAAUGUUUGCGAGGCUUUGGAUUUCAAAUCCAAAUUGGCACAAAUGGAAAUAGAGGCAGACGAUGUAUUGGUCUCCUUUCAUGUGGUCUCGUUAUUUGCCGUAUACCCAUCAAAUUGGCCUUGGGAGUCAUUGAAAGCAAAUGGCAUGUAUUGAGAGAUUACACUAAUAUUCCUAGAGAAUUAUUUAUGGAAAUGCUAAUAUUUUGUCUCAAGGACCUCAGUUAUUUUAAAUUCGAAAAUAAAUUGUAUGGUCAGCAGAAAGGUAUGCCCUUGAGCUCUUCGCUCACUCCUGUGCUAGCAGAUAUAGUCAUGGAAGAGCUAUUGGACACCACCACGGAGAAGAUGAACGUGAAACCCAAAAUUCUAACCAAAUAUGUUAAUAACUUAUUUGCCAUUAUUAAAAAGAGUGAAGUGGAAAAUACUUUGGGUCUUUUAAAAUCCCACAAUAAAGGAAUUCAAUUCACUAUGAAGCAGGAAAUUGAGGGUAGGCUUUCGUAUUUGGAGACUGUGGUAAUAAAACAAGACAAUAAACUGGUCAUGGAUUAUCAUUUUGAGUCUAGCCUACAGCCAAAGAGUUCACAUGCCAAAACCGGUGAAGUUUUCGCUAUAAAAGUCUUGACAAUUAGCGACAGGGAAUUUCAUGAGAAUAACAAAAAGAAGAUACGUUUGAUUUUAAAGGUGAACAAAUUUUCCUAUGGAACCACAAAUGGUAUACUGAGAUGCGCCGAGGAUCGGGUAAAAGGAAAUCAUUAUAAGAUGUUAGGAAAAAUGGCGAAGCCGAAUAAAGUUAAGGGUGGUGAAAUGAGCCAGGAUCAUAGAAAUGAGCUGGCUCAAAAUGAAGCUGCGACUUGAAAUUUAGAGAAGGAACUACAAAUGAGCUAGAAGGAACUACAAUGCUGCGUUAAAUGGAAGAACUCAAACUUUCUCAGCCGGGCUCACUAAGAACGUAACACUCGAACGGAAUAUUUUCGUUCGCAUCAUUCAAGUAAAGUUGGAAAUUUUUGUCAGUUUCAUACAAUAUCAGUAUUUUUAAAGUUCAGAUACUAAGAAAUUUGUAAAAAAAAUACGUUAUUUAAUAUAAAAGUAAAAAUGUCUGUAAAAAAUUUGGCCGUUGGCAAUGCAACUGAAGUUGAGUUGCCAUCCAUAAUCGACCCAUAAAACUGCAUAUCAAAAACUGUAUUAAUUUUAUACAUGUGCCAUAAAAGUUUAGAUUUACAGUAUUUCUUAAAACUUUUUUAAGAAUUUCAAACAUUUUUUUAAGUUGUUAUCAAAAAUUGUGAUGUAUACGUCAAGGUGUGACAUUAAAAUUGUCAAUAAAAUUUUGUUUACGAUUCAUA